UUAGAAGGGCAAUGCCUGAUACUCUUUGCAGUGACCAUGUUCUUUUGCAUCGUUUGCUUUGUGAUGGUCACACUACGAUGCUGUACAAGGAUAUGCAUCAAAGGUUUCGGUUCAGAUGACUGGCUUAUGCUCAUUGGCACAGUCUUCGGCAUCAUGACAUUCAUCACAGUUCUGUGUGGAUGUAAAGUCGGCUUGGGCCAACACGACUAUGAUCUCGGUGAAGGUGACUACUCGAAGAUCAAGCGCGCUCUCAUGACAUUUCAGAUACUCUACUGUGCCAGUCUCAUCUUCAUCAAGAGCAGCAUUUGCGUGGCUCUCAUACGACUCGUCAUAUCCAGGCGGCUGCUAUACACGCUCUAUGCAAUCUUGGCUCUCAGUGCCAGCUACGGAUUUAUCGCAAUGAUGACAGUUUUGUUACAGUGCAGACCACUCAAAGCCACGUGGGACCCGGCCGCCGGCACAUGCUCUAACGGAAAGAUUAUCAUGAACAUUUCGUGGUUCGUCACGGCAUGCUCGAUUACAACCGACUCUGCUUGCGCCAUAAUGCCUUUCGUCAUUCUGUGGAAUCUUCAGAUGAGGAAGAGGCUGAAGUUCACAAUCGCCGCCAUGUUGAGCCUAGGCUUCUUAGCGAGUGCAGCAACCAUUGUCCGGAUCAAGUACAUAGACUCGUACUCUGCGAGUCAUGAUCUUGCAUUCAAAGUCUCCAACGUCGUCCUGUGGUCGGUCAUCGAGACCGGUAUCGCCAUCAUUGUCGGCACCAUUCCCUCCCUCAAGCCCUUGGUCAAAUCCAUAUCUUUCUUCGGCUCGCAUCACUCUCACUCGCCGAGAAAAGGUUCCAGACCCCUAAGCGACUUUCAGUCU